AUGAGGAUCGCAGCAUCGACAGUGCUGUUCGGCGCGGCUUCCGCCGCGUCAUUCCAGCAACAAGCUCAGCAUGUGCUUUCCGGUGGCUUCGGAAAGGCCCAGGAGGCCAUGAAGCCCAUCUCGGAUGCCUUCACCGAUGCUGCCGGCCGCCCUUUCGAGAGCUUCGAGGAUGCUUUCUCGGGAAUGACCGCUGAGACGAAGGCGCUCUGGGAGGAGAUCAAGCUGCUUGUUCCCGACAGUGCCUUCAAGGACCUCUCGUGGCUCAGCAAGCCCAAGCCUCACCACCGCCGUGAUGACUGGAACCAUGUCGUGAAGGGCGCCGAUGUCCAGGGCAUGUGGGUACAGGAUGCUAACGGUAAGAGCCACCGUCAAGUGGACGGUCGCCUCGAGGAGUACAACCUCCGCGUCAAGGCUGUCGACCCAUCCAAGCUCAAUGUCGAUUCGGUCAAGCAGUACAGUGGCUAUCUUGACGACGAGGCCAAUGACAAGCACCUGUUUUACUGGUUCUUCGAGUCGCGCAAUGACCCCAAGAAUGAUCCUGUGAUCCUGUGGCUCAACGGCGGCCCCGGCUGCUCGUCGCUCACCGGUCUUUUCCUCGAGCUCGGCCCUUCGUCGAUCGACAAGACGCUUAAGGUUGUCAACAACGACUUCAGCUGGAACAACAAUGCCAGUGUCAUCUUCCUCGACCAACCCGUCAACGUUGGCUACUCAUACUCUGGCUCUUCUGUGAGCAACACCGUUGCCGCCGGCAAGGACGUCUACGCUCUCUUGACCCUCUUCUUCCAUCAAUUCCCCGAAUACGCAAAGCAGGACUUCCACAUUGCUGGCGAGUCGUACGCUGGUCACUACAUUCCGGUCUUUGCCUCGGAGAUUCUGGCCCACAAGAACAGGAACAUCAACCUCAAGUCUGUCCUGAUCGGAAACGGUCUGACUGAUGGCCUCACUCAGUACGAGCACUACCGCCCCAUGGCUUGCGGUGAAGGUGGCUAUCCCGCCGUCCUCGGCGAGGCUGAGUGCCGCAGCAUGGACAACGCCCUCCCGCGCUGCCAGUCGCUGAUUAACAACUGCUAUGAGAGCGGUAGCGUGUGGAGCUGCGUCCCGGCCUCCAUCUACUGCAACAACGCCAUGAUCGGUCCUUACCAGCGCACCGGCCGGAAUGUCUACGAUAUCCGCGGCCCAUGUGAGGACAGCAGCAACCUUUGCUACAGCGGCCUCGGCUAUAUCAGCGACUACCUGAACCAGCAAUCCGUCAUGGACGCCUUGGGCGUUGAGGUUUCAAGCUAUGACAGCUGCAACUUUGACAUCAACCGUAACUUCCUCUUCCAGGGCGACUGGAUGCAGCCUUUCCACCGUCUUGUGCCCAAGAUUCUGGAGGAAAUCCCCGUCCUCAUCUAUGCUGGUGACGCUGAUUACAUUUGCAACUGGCUUGGCAACCGGGCUUGGACCGAGGCGCUCGAGUGGCCCGGCAAGAAGGACUUCAAUGCGGCCAAGGUCAAGGAUCUGAAGCUUUCUGGCGCUGAGAAGGAGUACGGCAAGGUCAAGGCCUCGGGCAACUUCACGUUUAUGCAAGUCUACCAGGCCGGCCACAUGGUCCCCAUGGACCAGCCCGAGAACUCGCUCGACUUCCUGAACAGGUGGCUCAACGGCGAGUGGUUUGCCAAAUAG